AUGAAUAAACAUAUAUUUAUAAUUGGAUUAGUUGUAGAUCUGUUUAUCCUUCACUCUCUUUCUCUUUCUUUACUCCCUCCAACAAUUCCUUUGUGUUAUCUUUCUUUUCUCCCUCAUACUGUCUUGGCUCUCUAUUCCUCCUCCCGGUAUUUUCUCUUUCAUUUCUCUCUUCUACGCUGUUCAUUCUUUUCUACUAAAUUCUCUUUUCCUCUCUUCUUCUUAAUACUUUUCUCUUUCUUUUCUCACUCCUACUAUUCCCUUGCCAUCUUCUCUAUUUUUCUCCCUCACACUCUUAUUUUCUUUUUUUUUCUCCCUCACGUUCCUUUUGUUCUGUUUAUUUUCCCAACCACAUUCUUAUUAUUCUCUUUCUUUUCUCCCUCACACUCCUGUACACACUCCCUUUCUUCUCUUUCUGUUCUCUGUUUCCUCCCUCACAUUUCUUUCCUCGUUUUCUCUUUCCCGCUCUUUUUAGCUCUUGCAGUAUCUUUCUCUAUGCUUAUAUUUCUUUUUCUUCUUUUUCUUUUGAAUUAUCAUCUCCAUUUCUCUCUAUCUCUUUCCAUAUCUAUCUAUCUAUCUAUCUAUCUAUCUAUCUAUCUAUCUAUCUAUUUCGUUUUCUCUUCCACUCCUCUCCCAUUUUCUCUCAUAAUCUCACUUCUCUCUAUUUUGGAUGACCUCUCUCUCUCUCUCUCUCUCUCCCCUCUCACUCACUCUCUCUCUCUCUGUCACUCUCUCUCUCUCUCUGGCAUCUUUCCUGAUUUUUUUUAA